AUGAGCACAUUGAGCGAACAGGAUAAUAUGGAGACGGCUAUCGAGUUGCCGAUGCCCAGAAGAGAGCCUACAGUAAUCCAGCGAAUCUACAAGGAAAUCGAGUUUUGGUUUCUAGCGUUUACCAGUGAGACAGCCCUUGCCUUCUACGUUCUCCUCCACUGGCUACUCGCUUGUGUCGGCCCUAUAGUCAUUUCGGACGCCGAAAAAAAGUCUGGAAGAAAAAAUGAGGAAAAUGGCUCAUUUUUGAGCUUCAUUUAUUUUAUGACGACUCUAGUCGCAUUUCUAUCGCUCAUGUCGCAUGUCAGUGGACUUUUGAUUCCGCUUUUUGCGUUUUGUACAACUGGAGCUGUAAUAAUGUUCGCUCUAGUGAAUCUCGCUACCCUGGAUACUCCGGAAUCCCAAGAAUUGUUCAGAAAUGUAUGCCUAAAAUCCAACAUGACUACUGUAUAUUUCGAUAUGAUGGAGGCGCAUCCAACGGCUACAGUAAUCAAAUCGUGGUCGAUUUUUGUGUUUUUCAUCAUCACCUGUGCAGCGAUACUCUUUCAGUUUGUCCGAAAUAAGGAAUAUCUCCGCCGCCCCCAACCACUAUUUGCUCAUCAUCAUCAUGGACCAAUUGGCUUCUAUCCAGGCAUGAUGAUACUCAGAGAAAUUCCAAUUGGACCCACGAAUCCGGAUGAGCCGCCCAGAUAUUCGACCCUCGAACCAAUUUCCACACCACCAAAACCAAGAACUACAAACGCGGAAGCUACAGUAACCCCGUGCAGUUCGUCUACAGUAACUACCUCUCCACCGAGAUACAGCUAUUGGGAACGAACGUUUGGAAGACGUGCUGGUCAACGGACGACGACUCAAUCUUCAGAUGUAUCGUCGAAUCGAGAAUUUAGUACUAAAACUGCGAAAAAUCAAUAA